UCUGCCCCAACACGCAGGCGCAUCUCUUCAAAUCCUGUCCCUACCCCUCGUUCUUUCUCUUCAUUUCGUUCCCCCUCCUCUUCCAGCACUUUGGCAGGUUCAAACUCUUCGUGAGGGUGGCGGCGAUCGAGAUCACGUGAUGAGCAUCCUGCUGCCCAACAUGGCGGAGUUCGACACCAUCUCGGAACUGGAGGAGGAGGAAGAAGAAGCGGCAACGUCGUCGUCGUCGUCGCCGUCAUCGUCGGUAUCGGGGCCAGACGACGACGAGGAAGAUGAAGAGGACGAGGAAGAAGAGGAGGACGAGGAAGAAGAGGAAGAGGAGACGCCGCCCCCGCCUCGGGUAGUGAGUGAGGAGCAUCUGCGCAGAUAUGCCCCUGAUCCUGUAUUAGUGCGGGGCGCCGGCCAUAUCACUGUGUUUGGCUUGAGCAACAAGUUUGAUACUGAAUUUCCCUCAGUUCUAACAGGGAAGGUGGCCCCAGAAGAAUUUAAGACCAGCAUUGGCCGUGUGAAUGCAUGUUUGAAAAAGGCUCUCCCAGUCAAUGUGAAAUGGCUGCUAUGUGGUUGUCUCUGCUGCUGUUGCACACUGGGUUGCAGCCUGUGGCCUGUUAUUUGUCUCAACAAAAGAACCAGAAGAUCAAUUCAGAAGUUAUUAGAAUGGGAAAAUAACAGAUUAUAUCACAAGCUUGCUUUGCACUGGAAGUUGACUAAAAGGAAAUGCGAAACUAGCAAUAUGAUGGAAUAUGUAAUACUAAUAGAAUUCUUACCAAAAUAUCCCAUAUUCCGGCCUGACUGAGGAAUUUGAUUCAGUCACUUCUGUGUUACUUGUCAUUUCCUACCCUUAGUGCCUUGUAGAUGAUUUUGGAAUGAAGAUGGUCUCCUUUACUGUGUUCAACUUAUUCUUUAUUAUUAUUAUUAUUAUUAUUAUUAUUAUUAUUAUUAUUCCUUCUUCUUCUUCUUCUUCUUCUUCUUCUUCUUCUUCUUCUUCUUCUUCUUCUUCCUUAGAAUAUUCUCCUUUACUCUUUUAUUUGUGUUGGUUUAAGAAGAAAAUUUGCACAUCUUUUUGUUUUUGUUAAAUGAAGCUUGUGUUUUGCACUCUCAGUUUUUAAAUAAAUACACACACAGAGACGUAUAUGUAUAUAUAUAGUUGCCACUAAAGAUAAAACAUCAGUGCUGGUGUUUAAAAAAACAAAAACAAAAAUUUGUUCUGAGCAUGCUGCCUUAUAAUUUUCAUACUCACUGUUUCUAAAUAUGCAUCAGUUUUCUAGGCUACUUAAUGCUCUGUAAUCCCUUACUGGACAUAAGUAAAUUAGCUUUUGGUAGCUUUUAGAAAUGGUUUUACUCUUACUUGCUUUUAAAGGACAUGCAAUUAAUAGCACUGGUUUUGUCCUGCACUUUGCUAAAUUAUCACUUAUGUUAGUGGAUAAAAUAUUAAACUCUUAAAAAACUUAUAAAUACUGUCUCUUUGCAUAACAUAAAAUGUGAUAUGCCAUGGUUUACAGAAUGUAAUAUUACUCUUACUGUAUUGCCAACAAAUCUGCAUAGGUUUUAAUAUGAAUGAAGUUUGCAAGCAUCCUCUUGAAUGUAUAGACUGUUAACAUGCUGUUUUAUGGCAGAGCCAUAAUGAGUUUGUUAAAAAUUUCAGGUGUAGGGCAGGAUUACCCUUUGUAACGAGUGAAUUAAAAUUAAAAUCAUUGUCUGAUAUAUUCUGCAUUGCACCUGAAACCAAGAACCUUAGUUUUUCCAUUUAAUCCAGUAAUUCCCAUUUUUUCCUCCACUCCCACCCCCCAAAAAAUUCAUUUGACAUCUGACACAUUUCAUAGCCUCACUGUCCUUAUUUAUUUCCCAUUAUGUAUCCUUUCCCUCAUUUGAAAAUAUACACAAUUAUGAUCUUAAAGGAGUGUUUUCAAGAUUUCAGAUGUCCUGGGAGGUGUCUAGAUCCUCACUCAAAGCCACUGCUAAUCCCUUUAUGGAGUUCUGAUAUUUUGUUUUGGGAAAGAGAAGGCUAAUUGAGAAGCUGUAUCUAAAGAAUACUUCGUGGCUGAUUCAUAAUUGAUAAAAAUAUUAUUUUUUGAACAUCUUUUUUUUAAACAUUUGAAUAUUAUUAAUGAGGAAAGAUAGGUACUUAGACAAAAGUAUUUUAGUUUAUAAAUUCACCACACAUGUAGCCUUUUUAUUGAUAUGUACCUAUUUUUCUUUUUCUCUUCACAAGUAAGAUGAACAAGAACACCACACUUAGUUUGAUUUUUUAACAUAAUUAAAGCUUUAUAUUCUGUUAAUUCAACUACAAAUGUAUGCCUGUAUAUAGGCAUUAUUUGUAAUUCCUGUUGCUAAAAAUAAGUUAAAAGUAUCUGAGAUUCAGUAAUAUCCUAUUUGUCAUCUUAACUCUUACUUAGUACAUUCAGUAAAAAUUUUUAGGUAAACAUUUAUCCCAGUGAAGAGAACAGUCAUUUUUUCAUACAAGUUCAAGUCUUUUAAAGUCACUUUUAAAAUUCAUGCCUAAUUUGAAAUCCAUAGUCCUGGACCAGUAAAAGAAGAGGGAAAAAAAGACACUAUUUGAUAUGACUCUAAUUGUUUGCACACUUUUCCACCUCCCACUGUAGAGCGCCAUUACCCCUGUGCUACCAAGCCACCCAGAAUUUCUAACUUGUAAUAUGUGUGCCUGCAAAUAUCAUUUGUCUGUCUGCUGCAAAAUUAAAUAUGUAUUUUUAUAGACAAGGUGGAAACCUCUGAAAAUGCAUACCAAAUGUCUUGUUUUAUAGCUAAGGUCAGGGAACAAUUGUAUCUGUGGUUUAUGCUCCAGCUAAUAUCAUCAGGUUUAUGCUUCAAACUGUGACUAAUACCAAAAUUGUUUUCCAGAACAGUAUGAAAUCUCUAAUUAGCAAUGGUAGAAUAAUUUUGAGUGUCAGUCCUUAAAAUCUCAUUUUCUUCUGUACAUUUAGAAUUUGGUCAUAGUAACUUUUUCUGCCAUGUAUAAAUCACACUUGGUUUGCUCAAAGAACAGCAAGAAGUGGUGAAUUGUUUCCAUGAAACAAAUAUUGAGACAGAAAUAGAGUGCAUCUGAAGGUGACAGAAUAUAACUCAAGUUACAGUAAUAUUUGUCAUAAAAAUAAUUUGCCAGUGUUUGUAAACUUAAUUUUUAAACCUACUCUAAUUGUUUUUAAAUUUAUUGUUUUAUUGCUCAUUAUGCUGGUUGGCUCAUCUUAUUUUCUUGAACUACUCAGAAAAUACCCAAUUUUCUUUUUUCUUUCUUAUAUGAUUGUUUUUUCAAACUAUUUUCCUAUGUAGGGGGCUAAUUAGCAGUUGAAUAUUUUGGACUGCUUUGGAGGGGGAUGUUUUCAAUGAAAUUGGCAGCAAUGAAUGGUGAAAUGACGAAGUACACUAUGUGAUCAUUAAUUCUUCCCCCAUUGGCCUUUUUUUUCUUUUAUCCUCAGGAUAAAACAUACUUGGAUAUUUCCAUCAAGUUAGUAGAAUAUUCUUAUGAAAGCUGUUUUUAAGUUAAAGAAAGUUGAAUUUCUUUGUUACAUGAUAUUCUUUUAUGAAACCUGCUGUGGUAGGUUCCAGAGAAAAUAACAUCUAUUUGCCAAAGUAUAUAGAUCUCACAAAGCUUUGAAAUUACAAGUUAAAACUGUUCCUUCUUUAACAUUCCGUUACACAUCUCCAUCCUCAAUGCCCCUUUAAACACCUAAAUUAUGUAUAAAAAGAAAUUAAGGCCUAACCUUUUCCAACUACUUUUUGUUCCCUCCUACCCACUAUAUUAAUUUAAGAAAGAGACCAUUGUAGUCAGAUGUUAGAAUUAGACGGAGAAGUGCCUUGUCUUUUUUCAACAAAGAUAACGUUUUAUUUUGAAGGAAACAGAAUGGAUAAAUUGACAGAUCAUGAAAUUUAAAACCAUCUUUUUCAAAUAUACCAAUAUUUCAUUAGCAUAUUAUAUUUCUUCUAUUACUUAAAGCCUAUUUCUUUGUUUUCCCCUAAUCAUAUAUGUUAGUAAUAAAAUAUUACAGAACUGGACUAUCAAUCACUUAUAAAACUGGUAUAAUUCUAAUGCUAGCAAAUAUGUAAUUUAAUAUGGUUCUAGAAGAACAGUGGUCUUUGAAGCCCUACCAAAAUCCACUUAAGUAUUUAAUGUACAUACUAUUUAUAUUAUUAUCUAUAAACACUAAUAUGUGAUCAAUUAAUCUGUGUUAAUAUUUAGCACCCUACCAUUUUUAAUGAAAUUUAUUCUUAUUUUUUUUCAUAAUUUGAAUGAAGUUCCAUACACAUCCUUACAAAUGUUCCAUAACAGCAUUUGUAAGGCUUAGAACAACUAGGGUUUUUCCAGAUGUAUUAGAGCUUUUAAAAAUUAUUAGCAUUUUAAUUUUGUUUACAAAUAAACCACCACUUAAAAUCAAACCUCAGUACUUGAACAUAAAACCCCAAACAGUAUUUCAUCAGAAUUAACUAUGUUGACCUAGAAGGAUAUAAAAAUUAUAUAUACUCGUUUGAGCAGUUUCACAUAUGGAAAUAUGUUUUGCUAAUUUGAUUAUAACAUCCCCAAAUUCAUUGAAGUUAAGUCCUCUUAUGCCUAUUAAAAUUCUGCAUUAAAAAAUUCAUUUUGCAUUUUGCACCAAUUGUCAAAUUGUUGGAAUUCCUUUAAAUGGUAAAUUAUUGGAAAAUUUUCACAGAAAAGGAAUAGAUUUUAUUAAUAAUACUUGUCUAAGUAACAUGAGGACUAAAAAAAAGAAAAGAUAUGUAUAUCCAUAUCUUGCCCCAAAUUUCUCUUUUUUGAUUCUGAGCCAGCUUUUCAUUUUGAUGAUGGCAACCUGAGAAUAUAUUCAUUUUCUGUGGACUUUGUCAGGUUCUUACUAAGUGAGGAAAUGAUCUAAUAUCAUGGGCUUUGGGCAAGUCACUUAAAUUACAUAUCCGUCUAUUUAUCUGUAAAAGCAUGGGGUUGAACCUAGAGCUGGACAGAAAAUUAGAGAUAACCUAACAUGCUUUGAUUCUAGGAAUCCUUAGGAAAUUUUUCUCUACAGAAUCCCAGAGUGAUUUUUCUCAGAUCUUCUACCCUUGGUGGAAAUUCUCACAGUGCCUUGCACACAGUAAAUGUUUGAUUUGCCAACUGGCUCCUAGCUGAUGUGUGUUCAUGUCACACAGACUCAAAGAACCUGAUACCUGCUAGACCUCAGCCCUUCUGUGGUAAUAAAAAUAAAUUUAAUUUCCCUAAGAACUAAAGAUUUAGGUCUGUGGGCUGUGCAUAUGUGGAAUCUAUGUUUUUGGUAUCCAGGCAAGAAUUAUAACUGUGACAACAAUGGAGAUAUGGGAGGAUCCACUUUGAAAUUGAUGUGAAAAAUUUAAUAUCCAAUAUCUGCUUCAGUGUCUUACUAAGUUCCAUAUCCUCAAAAGGAUCUGUUGGAACAAAUUGCUAUUAGACGGAAAGAGAAGUAGUAUGGAAUUCAAACCCAAGUCACUUCUGGUUUAAUUCUUAGCUCUGCUGCUUAAUUCCUCUGUACCUCAUGUCCUCAUUGUGGAAGUGGGGACAAUAAUCUGGACCUACCUCACAGGGGAAUUGAGGAUUUUUUCACAUAUUAAUGUGCUUUUGAAGUUGACUGAAAGAUAUAUACUGGAUAUCAUAAUUUUGUCAUUUCUAAAUAGAUUCCUUUAAGUCUUUAUGUUUUCUUUCUCAGUCAAACCCUACAGAAUGAGUGUUGCAGUUAAUCUGUUUUAUCAGUAGUAAAUUUUGUUAUUAAUCCCCUAUAUGUUAACAUGAGUAAUUGUGUUAUGUUAAUACUUGACUUAGGAAGGAAAAGCAGGUGGAUGUAAAUCAGUGGUUCCCAACUUGGGACAGAUAAAGAUAGCAGUGAGGGCAUCCUUGAACCUUUUUUAAUACUUCAAAAAGUAUACUAGAAAUCAUACAUUUACCCAUAAUAUUUCUACUGCAUAAGCCAACUAAAACAUUGAAUUUCCAUGCAUUUUGCUUAGAUUUUUUAAAUCCUGCCUAACAUAAUACUGGUUAUCACACACUGAUCAGAAGUUGUGAAUGACAGUUCUGCUUUUGAUUAAUAAAAGAAUGAAAAAGCCUGCUAUUACAUAAAGUUUAGUAAAUAAAACUCUUCAAAACAUGGGGAAGGAACAAUAAAGGGAUCCUUAUGGUGAAAAUGUCGGAGGCCACUUUUGUAAAGGAACUAAGAUUAUUUUUUUUGGAACUAAGAUUAUUUGACCCUCUCCACAAGUUACUUAAACCAGUCCCUAAAUAAUGAAAUGCUGAAUUGUGGUGUGUGUGUGUGUGUGUGUGUGUGUGUGUGUGUGUGUUUUGGCUAGACUGGGCUAUAUAACUUCAGAUUAGAAUCUGCCUUCUGUUCUCUUCUGUUCCAGGAUAAUUGAGUUGAUUGAGUGUGUAUUUGUAAAUUAUACAUACACACAUAGGAUUGCAAAUGUGGAAACUGUUAUAUGUUCAAGCAUUGGACUAAAUAUCAAUUUCUGAGUCUCAAAGUAGUUCUGUGUAUAAACUCAUUAUAAGCAAUAAUUUCUCAAAUGUCCCUUUUUGUCCUGCUUAUCUUGUUGCUAUUUACUUGGCUUAAUUUUCUUAAUUUUCCAUUUUUCUAGUAAGUAUAUAGUGUAGAAUUAUUUUAAUGCCUGAACUUUGAACAAAUUACAGAUGUUUGAAAUUAUAUAAUCAACAAGCUAGUGUUCCCUCCUUGGACUAACCACAUACAAAUAUGAAUCUCAGCUACAAAAACAGGAAAUGCUGGUAGCUGGAAAAUGGGCAUUGAUCAAAACAUCCGUUUGAAAAGCCUAGGAUUUCUACUUUUUGGCAGAGGAUUCCUACUGGGACAGCUUUACCAGAAAAGAAUAAAGAUGGAUAUGUCCAUUCAAACCAAGAAUAUUCAUGCAUCUUGUAUUGUUACAUAGCUUGUGGAAUGAAUUUAUUUUUCUCCCUAGUUUGAGAGUCACUCCCCUGAAAGAACUCAACCUAUUUACAGCUGUGCCAAAAUGAAGGACACUUGCCUCUCUGAAACUUUCACUGCUGCUUCUUUUGUUCACUUGUCAGAUAUAAAAUUUUAUUAUCUCAGGAUGCAAAAUUACAAUAAAGUGCAAAUCUAUGUUAAUGAA